AUGUUAAAUUAUGCUUUAAUUGUUUCCAGCUUGUAUUCACCAGUAUGGCGACGCAUCAGAGCUGGUUCCACCGAUCGCAACUUAGGCGGUGUUCUAGCCUACGUUCUACUAAGAAACAAUCACCCCAACUACCGAAAAUUGGGUCAAGACAGCGAUUUAUCCGUGGUUAUGCUACAGACACCCCUAAUAUACACACCAGUGAUACAGCAGGGUAAAAUCAUCGCACAGGACGCGGUGGUACCAGAUAACGUCCCAGUGGUGCAUGCUGGUUGGGGCGCAACUUCGCAAGGAGGCAGCGCAUCUAACGUACUUCUUGACACCACUAUCUACACAAUAAAUAACGCAGUCUGCGCCGAGCGUUACCGCACCCUUCCUCAACCCGCAAUAGUCACAGAAAACAUGAUUUGCGCUGGCCUUCUGGACGUUGGAGGGCGCGACGCUUGUCAAGGUGACUCCGGUGGUCCCCUUUACUACGGUGACAUCAUCGUUGGUAUCGUCUCCUGGGGUCAUGGCUGCGCUAACGCCACCUUCCCUGGUGUCAGCACCGCAGUCGCUCCGUACACAGACUGGAUUGUAUCGAUGACUUCUCUAAUCGAUUAA